AUGGCUCAAGUUAACGCACUUCAUCAAAGUGGUAUAACCGAAGAAGAUAAGAUUACCAAUGUGAAGGCUUUGUAUUUAGAGAAGCACAAGAAACCUUUUCUUCUUGACCAUUGUUGGCUCAUGUUAAAGGACCAACCAAAGUUUAUUGAUCCUAACAAUGCUAGAUCGAGAUCAUCUGUGCCUCCAACUUCGGAGUCAAUAUCUAUUAGUGAAGGGGAUUGUGGGUCCGGACUUUGUGACACUUCCAAUUUUGAGAGACUUAUUGGUAAGAAGGCCAAAAAGGCCAUCCGAAAGAACAAAGCCACCGGAAAAGAUGUAGGAGAAUAUUUGAACAAGAAAUUGAAAUUGAUUGAGGAUGUAACUCGGUUGGAAGAGGAAAAAAUGUCUUUUGAGAGGGAAAAACUUGCGAUUGAAAAGGAAAGUAGGGAAGAAAAACUUAAGAUUGAGAAGGAAAGAAUGAUGAUUGAGAAGAAAAAAUUUGAGCGGGAAGAAAGGUUAGAGGAAGAGAGAAUCAUGAUGAUAGAUACAAGUGGCUUAACCGGAACACAAAAAGCUUUUUAUGAACAACUCCAAGAGGAAAUCAUGGUUGCAUCCAUGAAUCACUAUUUGUUUCGCAAGUCCCUUUUUGAUGACUCAGAUGAAGAUGAGAUAAUCGAAGAACUUGUUAUGGAAACAUCACAACCUAAAUGUCGUUGUCGUUCUAUCCAACGUAAUCAUUUGAUAACUGCUGCACUUAGAAUGCUUGCGUAUGGAGUAUCGGGUGAUUUAAUAGAUGAAUAUGUGCGGAUUGGAGAAACUACUGUAUUAGAAAGUAUGAAAAAAUUUAUUACUGCGGUAAUUGAUGUUUUCUCUGAAGAAUACUUGAGAAAGCCAAACAAUGAAGACAUUGCUAGAUUGUUAGCUCACGGCGAAUGUCGAGGUAUGCCAGGUAUGUUAGGUUCAAUUGAUUGCAUACAUUGGAAGUGGAAAAAUUGUCCAUCUGUAUGGAAAUGUCAAUAUUGUGGUCAUAUUCGUGAGCCUAUUAUUAUUUUGGAGGCAGUAGCAUCAUAUGGUAUUUGGAUAUGGCAUGCAUUUUUUGGGUUACCUGAGUCAAAUAAUGACAUUAAUGUGUUAAAGCGAUCUCAUGUAUUUAAUGAACUUGUUGAAGGACGUGCUCCUACAAUACAUUACUCAAUUAAUGGUCAUGACUACACUAUAGGAUAUUACCUUACUGAUGGCAUAUAUCCAAAGGGGGCAACAUUUAUGAAAACAAUUCCAGCUCCACAGGGACAGAAGUAUAAAGUAUUUGCAGCAGCCCAAGAGACGUAUAGGAAGGAUGUUGAGCGUGCAUUUGGAGUGCUUCAAGCACGUUUCACAAUUGUCCGUAGACCUGCACGAUUUUUUUAUCUUGAAACACUCAAAAAGAUCAUGAAAGCAUGCAUAAUUCUCCAUAACAUAAUUGUUGAAGAUAAGCGGAAAGAUGAGCGAGAUGAUAAUGAAGUGGUAGACUUGGAUUUUUGUCAUACAUUGAGAGGCACAGACGCAUUAGAGACCGAGAAAUUUAUUUUCAACUCCAGUCGGACAUUAUUGAACAUUUAUGGCAAUUGCAAGGCGAGUCGUAGGAACUUUCUUUUUUUUCAUAUUGUUCCAAAGUUGCUUCCGGACAAUUGA